AUGAGCCCGUCGAAAGCAUCGAGGACGAAACAGUCGCUUGUUCCUCUUGCAACUCUGCUUGGUAGGGAGCUGAGGAGCGAGAAAGUAGGGAAACCUUUAAUAAAGUAUGGCCAAGCUGCUCUCGCUAAGAAAGGAGAGGACUACUUUUUGAUCAAAACUGAUUGUGAGAGGAUACCUGGUGAUCCAUCGUCGGCUUUUUCAGUUUUCGGGAUAUUUGACGGACACAAUGGUAAUUCAGCUGCUAUAUAUACUAAGGAACAUCUUCUGGACAAUGUGGUGAGUGCAAUUCCUCAUGGCGCAAGUAGGGAAGAGUGGCUUCAAGCUCUGCCUAGGGCUCUAGUUGCAGGGUUUGUGAAAACCGACAUAGAAUUCCAGCAGAAAGGGGAAACUUCUGGAACAACGGUGACCUUUGUUCUAAUUGAUGGUUGGACUAUCACUGUUGCUUCUGUUGGCGACUCACGCUGCAUAUUAGACACCAAAGGUGGUGUGGUAUCUCUACUGACCGUCGAUCACAGGCUAGAAGAGAAUGUUGAAGAGAGAGAACGCAUAACUGCCAGUGGAGGGGAGGUCGGAAGGCUCAAUGUUUUUGGUGGCAAUGAGGUCGGCCCACUCCGAUGCUGGCCUGGUGGUUUGUGUCUUUCGAGGUCCAUUGGUGAUACUGAUGUGGGAGAAUUUAUAGUCCCAAUACCGCAUGUUAAGCAAGUGAAACUUUCAAAUGCUGGAGGGAGACUUAUUAUAGCUUCAGAUGGUAUUUGGGAUAUACUGUCUUCUGAUGUGGCUGCCAAAGCUUGUCGUGGUUUAUCUGCCGAGCUUGCUGCUAAAUUUGUUGUUAAGGAAGCAUUGAGAACUAAAGGGUUGAAGGAUGAUACUACUUGUGUAGUUGUUGACAUAGUUCCAUCUGAUCAUCUUGCCUUGGCUCCAAUGCCUAAAAAGAAGCAGAACACGUUUACCUCAUUUCUUUCUUGGAAAAACCAUACGGAUACCAACAACAAAAACGGGAACAAGCUAUCAUCUGUUGGAGUUGUAGAAGAAUUGUUUGAAGAAGGUUCUGCUGUGCUUGCAGAUAGAUUGGGAAAGAAUCUUCCCUCGAAUACGGACACUGGACUCUUGAAAUGUGCUGUAUGCCAAACAGAUGAAUCUCCGGCUGAAGAUUUACCAAGCAACGGUGGUGCUAUCAUCUCCUCAGCAUCUAACCGAUGGGAAGGUCCCUUCCUAUGCACAAAAUGCAAGAAAAAGAGAGACGCCAUGGAAGGAAAAAGACCGAGCAAAGGUUCAGUGACCACUUGA